UAAUUAUUCAGCGUCACCUGCUUAAAAAGAAUGUCACUUGGCCAUAUGACCACAGCCUUGUCGUUUGCCUAUCUUGCUCAGUCAAACAUCGGCAAAAUUUACAGUUAAGAAGAAGAACUACUGGUAUAUUUGCUGCUACAGAACCAGAAAAAACGAUCGGAGAAACUGCUAGAAAAGACUCAAAUUUUUUCUCGGGCAGGUCGAAAGAUCGGGUUUCUUCCCUUAACCUGUGUUUUUGGGCUAGAGAAAUAGUUCUUCGAGAAAAAUGAAGCGAGGUUACGAAGAUACUUCUUCCUCAUCUCCGCCUCCGGGAAAGCAAUUGAAAACUAGUGAAAACGAUAAUACACAGAAGCUUGCGCAGAAAGUUGCGGAACACUAUAGUAAACGCACUAACCAAACCCUAGAGGAGAGAGAAGCUAGUCCUAUCAUUCACUUGAAGAAGCUUAACAAUUGGAUAAAAAGUGUAUUGAUUCAGCUUUACACUCGACGAGGCGAUGUUGUUUUGGACCUUGCGUGUGGAAAGGGAGGUGACUUGAUCAAAUGGGAUAAAGCAAAAGUUGGAUAUUAUGUCGGUGUUGAUAUUGCUGAUGGAUCGAUAGAAGAUUGUAGGACUCGAUACAAUUGCGAGACAGAUCCGUUACACAGAAGAAAAAAAUUCUCAUUUCCAGCACGCCUGAUAUGUGCAGAUGCUUAUGAGGUCCGUUUGGAUGAGGAAUUAAAGCAUGAUGCACCCUUUGAUAUAUGCAGCUGCCAGUUUGCCUUGCACUACUCUUGGUCAACAGAGGAACGUGCACGGCGAGCUUUGUUAAAUGUAUCUACAUUGCUUCGUCCAGGAGGCACUUUUGUUGGUGUUAUGCCGGAUGCAAAUGUGAUUGUUAGAAAGCUACGUAAAGCUGAUGGGCUUAAGUUUGGGAAUAGUGUUUAUUGGAUAUCUUUUGACGAGAAAUAUGCUCAGAAGAAGUUCAAGUCAUCAAAUCCUUAUGGGAUUCAGUAUACGUUUCACCUUGAGGAUGCAGUUGAUUGCCCGGAAUGGCUUGUACCCUUUCAUAAAUUCAAAGAACUAGCAGAAGAGUAUGAGCUGGAGCUUGUUUUUAAGAAGAAUUCACAUGAAUUUGUGCACGAGUACUUAAAAAAACCAGAAUUUGCAGAAUUGAUGCGGAGAUUAGGUGCUCUUGGUGACGGAAGUGGUGAUGAAAAGACACUAUCAGAAGAUGAAUGGGAGGCCGCAUACCUGUAUUUGGUGUUUGUCUUAAGAAAGAGAGGCCAAGGAGAAGCCACCAAGAAGAACACACAGCGUAGACAACCGGGUCAAAUAAAAGAGAAAGAUGUUACAUAUCUCAAUUGAUGACAACAAUACACAAUUCUUCUUGUCUCCUAAUAUGGGGCAGAUAGAAAUUGUAAAGUUUUAAGAUAUUUAUUUUCUGUACUUGUUUUAGAUAGAAAGAAGCUAUUCUCUAAUAUAAAGGAGGCUUGGAAUGAUGUUAUUCUGCAACAAUGUCAUUUUACAUUCAAUAAGAAGAGCAAGAUAUUGUUUAUGCUCAUUAUGGUUUUGUAAGCUGCUCAAUUAUGCUAUUUGCUCCUUCUUACACAAAAAACAGGUCAACAUCAUUCAAUAUGCAUUAUAAUUAUUCAUACGUAAGCUGCUAGAUUAUGAUAUUAUUCUUCUUCCAGAAAACAGAGCUUAACAUUAUCCAACAUGCAUUCUCCGUACCAUGUGGUGAAGAGCUGAUUUUGAUGCUCUUUCAAAUAAAUUCUGAGAAAUUCUUAUGUGUUGAAGAUGGUUGAUCUUCAGGCGGUAUAACAUUUGUUCAUUGGUGUCUCUUGUCAUUCACAAUGUACAAAUUGCAAAGCUUAGCUAAAACAUCUAUUCUUUUUAUAAAUAUAUAGACCUGAAAGUUAACUCUCC